GGUUUUUCCAUUCCGAAAGCAUUUUCCAGCCUUUAAAGCAACCUCACGGGACUUGGGUAUCAACCUCUUUUCACGGCCCGCAAUACAAGAUGGCGGACAAACUACGCGCGCAGCAACAGCUCGAAGCCCUCCAAGCGCGAUAUGUCGGAACGGGGCACGCAGACACGACAAGAUUCGAGUGGACGAGCAAUAUCCAAAGAGACAGCUAUGCCAGUUACGUUGGGCAUCCGCCGUUGUUGAGCUAUAUGGCUAUUGGAAUGGGAGAAUGCAGAGAGAAGGUUCGGGCGCAGAUGGUUGAGAUGAUACAACCAGUUGGCAAGCCGCCGGAAGUGCGGGAUUGAGAUUCGGAUAAGUCUGUUGAUGUGUGGAUUCGAGGGAACGGGAUGGGGUUUGGUGAUAGCCUGGUUGACAAGAAGGACGAAGCAUAGCUUGGGACAAGCAAGGUCGCCGCCUACAGCCACAAGUCUCAACACAAGA